AUGGCAUCCCUGGUGCCUGGAGUUCUUCUGAAGCUUCUCCAAAGUAUGAACUCUAAUGUAAAAGUUCGCGGGGAAUAUCGCUCAGUCCUUCUGCAGGUGAUCAGCAUCGUUCCUGCAUUAUCUGGGUCAGAAUUAUGGCCUAACCAAGGUUUCUUCAUAAAAGUCUCCGACUCUUCUCAUUCAACCUAUGUCUCACUCUCAAAGGAAGACAACGAGCUCAUAUUGAAUAAUAAGCUGCAGCUUGGGCAAUUCUUUUAUGUGGAUAGAAUCGAGGCAGGAACACCUGUCCCUAUUCUUGUUGGGGUUAGACCACUGCCUGGACGUCACCCUUUUGAAGGCAAUCCUAAGGACUUAAUGCAGAUGUUAGAGCAAUCAGAGCAUCCUCAUAAUGAAGGAGUUAAUGGUUCCAAAUCCACGGAUUUAACAGAAGCCAAAGAAAAUCCAAGUUUAAGGCAGAAGAUUGUUAUUAAAGAGGAAAAGCUUGGUGUUGCAUCCAGAUACAUGCAGGGUGUUCUAAAUCCGAACCCAAAAGUGAACGGGCCAGAUGUUUGUGUAGGAAGCAAAGGAAAUGAUUUAGAAAUUGGCGUAGAUGGUAAAAAGGUGGGAUCUGCCAAAGGAAAGCAAGUAGAGAUCAAAGGUCAGAGUUUAGCAUCACAGGUGCUCCCAAUGACUCAAUCUGGCACUCGACUCGAAGCACUUUCACCAAAUCAAGUUGCUCAAUCUAACAACAUCUGGGAGACUGUCACGGCACCUUCUAAGCGCCUUUCUGCCAAACACAGUACUUCUACUAAGCAGGAAAAUUUGAACAUGAAUUUGUUGUCUCGCUCUAAAGAUAAAAGCAAUAGAACUGAGAUAAUUCCAUGGUCAGCUUUGCCAGCCAAGCUUCUCAAGCCCGGAAAGGUUAUUCUUAGAAGGAAACAUCUAGCCUCUCAGGUUGUAGUAGAAGCCCAAAAAGAAGCAUCCGCAGCAACAACCACAGUUAAAUGCCUCAGCAUGUUCGCCAACAUCUGCUCUACUGCGUCUUCAGAGAACCCUCAUGUCACACUAAAAAAAUUUUUUGCUCUCCAACAGCUCAUAGACCAGCCAAAUGGUACAACUCAGUUGAAUGAAUCACUUCACCUAUACAGAAUUCCACCUCCCGUAGAAAAGCAUAAAUCGGGCAAGAAAACAGGUUUGAUGCCUGCUAAAAGCACGUUGAAGUCUCCAAAACCUUUGACCGAACUAUCAGGGACCGAGAAACAAGAAUGGGCCAAAUGGGAUGGCAUGAAAGAGAUCAAAGAGCUGAGAGAUAUAUUUUUAAAUGAAACAAGAUCAUGGUUUCUAAUGUAUUUGGAAAAGACAUUAGAUGCUGGGUUUUCUGUUGGCUCCCGUGAGAAGGGCAAGGAUAGUAAGGAUAUUGCAGGGACACAAAUGGAGCAAGCCAACAAUAUAGCUCUAACAUUGUCCCACCUUAAGCAUGCAAAUGAGUGGCUUGACAAACUGAGAAGCAGUUCCAACACAGAAACUGAAGGGUUGAUGGAGACUGUUGACAGAUUGAAGCAAAAAGUUUAUUCUUGUCUGCUUGUACAUAUUGAUUCCGCUGCAUUAGCUUUGGGGAACCGAGCCUGA